AUCUGUCUACACGCACGUUUGCGUCGGCACACGUGAUGUGAGGGUUGCCGUGCAAGAGUCAUCCCUUCAAGCCAAGAGUCUCUUUCAGCGUCGACCAGCGUGCGGAGCGGUUCCUCGUAAAACACUGUGAACAAGAAAACUCAUCAUGGCAUCCCGUCUUGAAUCUUACCUUAACCAGGAUGUUUCGGUGAUAACGACUCGGGAGAUUCGUUAUCAAGGGGAACUUGCCUCUUUUGAUAAGGAAAAUCGGACAAUCACUCUUAGAAAAGUACACAACAUGGGCACUGAGGACCGCGUCUCAGCGAUGAGGAUGUUCCCUUCAGCCAAAGUGUUUGACUUCAUUGUCUUCCAUGCUGAGCAUCUAAAAGAUUUCAGAGUUACUCCACGCGAUGCGGAAGAUCCCGCAAUAGUUUCCUGCGUCGGUGAAAGGCCAAAUCGGUCCUCCCAGGGUGUCAUGAACAUGCUCGAGCGCCCGGCAGCUCCCGAGAUCAGUCGACAAGGCCGCGUGCGCAACAUCGAUAUCCAGCAAAUGCUGAAGGGACACAACGAUCGUCGCCCGCAUCCCAAUAAUCGACGCGGACCCCACCAUGAUCAUCAGAACAGAAACAAGGACGGCCGCCGGGUCAGCUUCAAGGACGCAGCUCUCGAAAACGUGCGUGGAUCUAGACAACGUUCAUCGUCCUACACGCACGUCCCGGUGAUCCCUCGGAGCAUGGUACUCCGCUUCACGAACGCCAAGAAACGCGACUCGAAGCCGAGCUCGCGCAAGGACCCGCGUCUGUUCCCGGGACAGUUCGUCGCGUCGAAAACCGCCAAGCUAGAGUUCGAGGACGACUUCGAUUUCCAGAAGGCUCUCGAAGACUUUGAGAGCCUCAACAUGAGCGACAAGAAACCCGCGAGCGAAGGCGAGGCGACCGAAACCGAGCAGGACAAGGACUACUACAACAAGGGACGUUCCUUCUUCGAUAAUCUGACGACGUCGACUGCAGAUGCUCCGAAACGCACCCGGAAAGACGAGUUCGAAGCCAACAAGGUCACGUUCGGAGUCUCUCAUAUUCGCAGGGAGAAAUGGCGGCGGUCUUCCAUGAGACACACUCAGGGUAGACGACGCGGCGGCCAGAACCGCAUUAUGGCAUGAGUUCGAUUCGAGUUCUCGGACAGGAUAUUCAAAACGAGUACGGCAGCAACAGAAGUUUCAUCGGGCACAAUGCCAUAGUUGUGAUGAGCGGCUGAAGAUCAUUAUAGUAAGACCGCUCUAACACCGACUCUGAAGGAAGUGACCAGUUUCCAAGGCUGAUUUUGUGCACGUGUCGACGGGGGUGAACACCCACGAAGUUCGGAAAGACACAGGGAGAACGUGAGGAGAUAGAAACAUCACGGAAUCAGUCUAGACUGGGGGUCACUUAAUUUUUUGUACUUUUAUCAGUUUGUUGUCCGUCGGUGGUCGAUAAUCCGCGUGAGCGAUGGUGCGUGCUGCCAAAGCUGCGAAAUAAAGCCCAAUUAAUCUACAACUACCGGCGACGAA